GAUCCCUCAUCUGCCACUCGGCACCUCGCCGGGGCGCAGUUUCAGGACACAUGCUGUAGGGCCGCCGCUUCCCGCACUUCGCGCUCUUCCUGGCUGCCCGCGACCACCUCUGCCCCUGGAGCGCUGGGGCAGCCUCCUGCGAGUUCGGUGCGGCCCAGCGGCCGCUGUCCAUGGAGCCUCCCGCCCUCGCCGCCGUCCUGGCCUUGUCAGGGCUGGCGCUGAGCUGCUGCCGGGAGCUCGUUCUCUCCGAAUGUUAUACAGCAAAUGGGGCUGACUAUCGUGGCACUCAGAACCAGACCUCCCAAUAUGCAGGGAAACCUUGUCUUUUUUGGAAUGAGACCUUUGAGCAUCCUUAUAAUACUUUGAAAUAUCCCAAUGGGGAGGGAGGGCUUGGAGAGCAUAACUACUGCAGGAACCCUGAUGGAGAUGUCAGCCCAUGGUGCUACAUUGCAGAACAUGAGGAUGGAAUAUAUUGGAAAUACUGUGAAAUUCCAUCCUGCCGAAUGCCGGGGAAUCUAGGGUGUUAUAAGGACCAUGGAGAACCACCACCUUUGACUGGCACCAGCGAGACCUCCAAUAAACUUACUAUCCAAGCAUGCAUCAGUUCCUGUCGAAGUCAACAAUUCAAGUUUGCAGGCAUGGAGUCAGGUUAUGCUUGUUUCUGUGGAAAUAAUCCUGACUACUGGAGAUACGGAGAGGCAGCCAGUACGGAAUGCAACAGUGUUUGCUUUGGAGACCAUACUCAGCCUUGCGGAGGGGAUGGCAGAGUCAUUCUUUUUGACACCCUUAUUGGCGCCUGUGGAGGGAAUUACACUUCUGCUACAGCUGUGAUCUAUUCCCCCGAUUUUCCUGACACAUACGGCACAGGCAAAGUCUGUUACUGGACCAUACAAGUUCCAGGAGCAUCUCAAAUCCACUUCAGCUUUGCCCUUUUUGAAAUCAAAGAUGCUACAGAUAUGGUGGAACUGCUGGAUGGCUAUACCUAUCAUGUUCUAGCUCGUUUUAAUGGCAAGAACCGGCCUCCGCAGACAUUUAACAUCUCUUUGGAUUUUGUCAUUUUGUACUUUUUCUCAGAUGAAAUUAAUCAAGCCCAGGGAUUUGCUAUCAGAUACAGAGCUGUGAAGGACAAUGUGCAUCAAAGGAAGAUGCCAGUGAAUCGGACCUUUUCAGAGAAGAUAAAUGAACAAGCAAAUCUCAGCAUCAAUGCAGCCCGGUCAUCAAAGAUACUUUAUGUCAUCACAACCAGCCCAAGCCAUCCCAGUAGCUCCAUGCCUGAGUGGACAAUAUAUAGUCUCACAGCACUGCUCAUCCUAAGUAUUACAGCCAUAAUAGCAAAGAUAUUUCUCCACAUUACCAUGAGAUCCCAUCAGAUACCAUCUGCAACUGAAAUAGAGGAUUCCAGUGAGGUUACCUCUGCUGGAGAGAUCUGGAGUAUAUUUUACCAGCCAUCCACGUCAAUAUCCAUCUUCAAGAAAAAGCUUCGAAGUCAACAAGAUGAUUGCAACCCACUAGUGGGAAACUGAAGUGUCUUAUUUUACAAGAAUCAACCUUCUUAAAAUCCAGGUGACUUGGGAAUAAUCUUUCCUUUUUUUUUUUUUUUUCCCCACUCCCAAUCUCAUACUUGUUUUCCAAAAAGUGCAUUUCCAAAGGCUUUUGAGUGACUUUGCCUGUCUUCUGCUCUCUUGGGUACACUAGGGACAACAGCAGCAAUUAAUUGCAGCAAUAGUUUUGAACUAUCUGGUGUUCAUCAAAUCUGUGGUGCUGUUAAUUACUGCCUUGAGACCAGUGCACUUAAAAUCUAUGUAAAAACCUGUGAAAUACAAAAUGCCCUGUACUCUUGCAAAAAGUAAUUGAAAAAGUAUCUGCAGGUUGAGGACUUCUUGUGUCCUGCUUUCCUGUAUCACUGUAUUCUAUCAGGCUACUUUAGUCACUUUUUUCUCAAGGCUGAAGACAGAGAUAGGUACUGAUAACCUGUUCAGCUGCCACAGCAACCAGAAUUCAGUAGCCUGAAUGUAAAUGUGUCUAACUGGUGCUAUACAGUAAAAUGGGAGUCGAAGACUUCAAGAAACUGUCAGCCUGGUUGCCCAGUGCUCUGCUGUUUCUACAUUUUCUGUUUCUAGAAGCAGAGAUGUACAAGUAAAAUCAAAUUCAGGAGACAAACACUCUAUGGAUAAUUUCAACUGCAAAAGUGAGUUUUGGUGGAGAAAUGCUUACCAGGUCGGGUUAAGACAAAAGGAAUAGGUAUCAGUAUAAAUAUACACCAACGGUCAGUGUAUAUCAGACCUGCAGUCACAAAACAACUAUUAAAUGCAUCUGCAAAAGAGAACUAAUAAACUUGUAACCAAGUUUAAAUUCAUUAUAGUAUCUACCCUUCUGUUUUUAACAUGUAAAUGCCUACUCUUCAUGAGAUCUAGAGAUUUCUUUGAAAAAAUAAGGCAUGUAAGAAUAAACAAUGAAAUACUGUGCCUUACUUGCCAGUGUAGAUCUAGUCUUUUACCUGAAUUGAAUUCAUUUCAGCUCCAUUUAUGUACCACAGAUGAGUGCCAGAGACAGCUGAACAAUACCACAACAAAUGCUUAAUAAAAACAAGACCUUACUGAGACAGCAUUUAUGGAAUUGUUUAUAUAAAAAACAUGGAAUAUCAUGGGAACAUCUAGUACUUUAUUGCAUGAGCUGCUGGAAAGAAUGUAGGAAAAUAUAAUUACUGUAUUGCCUAAAAUCAAGACAGGACAAGUUGUAAAAUACACUUGUUACCUUACUUUUGUGUCAUCAGGUUGGGCCAAAAACCAUUAUCUCUUUCAGACCCAACAAAAAAUUCUGAAUUGCCCUUUUAACUCUCAGGUUUUGCAUCAUACUAUGUAGGGAAAGCAUCCACCUCACAGAUACGUAGCAAAACAAAUUAGUUUGCUUCCUAAGCAUGCUUAAUAUGGUUCACUAAUGGAAAACCGUGAGGAGAGAGUCACGGUGUAAAGCUAGAUCCUUAAGAGAUAAGUUGAGUACACUGUGAUCAAGCUGUUUGCUUGCCUUACUAAAUGUUCUUGAGCAGUUAAACAGUCAAAGUUAUACAGUCAAAGCAUAAAGCAGCUAAUGCUGAUAAAGUGGAGAAGAGGGAGGAAAAAAAAAAAAAAAGCAGUGUCCCAUGACUGAUUUCUGCCUACUGCAGAAUGAAAAAAUACAGAACCGUUUAGACUCUGGUCUUCAGUAAAUAAUUUAAUUUCACUAUAAAAUUAGAGAAAGCCCAUUACAAACAACAACAAAAAAGACAGAUGCUGCUAAUGCAAAAUCAGAGAAUUUAGAAACUGAGAUUUUGCUUUGGUCCCUUAGUCCUCAACUAUUUUUUAAGUAAUAAAAUUGUAUUUCAUGGGCCUUUCUUAGGGAAUGUUGGCCCAAUUUCUGUACAAAAGACCCAUAAAACCAGCAGUUACAGCAGAUUAAAUAGCCAUGGCAACAACGAACAUGACUAAGCAUAAGGUAUUGGACAGCGUGCAGGUAAACACACUGAUAAAAGCGUAGAGGAAAUUGUUAUAUUCCCCCCCCACCCCCCGAUCUCUCAGAUUGUCUGAUUCUAGAUGCUUUUAGUACAGGGGUCCCUUAAAUAGCACUUCUUCCUCUGCAGGCACAAGACCAUGAGGAGCAGGUAGGUCUCUGCUAUGGAUUUUUAAAAAAUGUGGUAUGGUGGCUCGCGCUCCUUGUGCAAACGCUUCAGUGGAUGGUGGUAAAUGGCCGACGUUCGUGGCAGCCAUUAGCAGCACUUUUUGAUGUUUGCUAGAAGGAUUUGGGAAGAGAAAGAAGAAAAGUCUGACAUGCACAGCUGUUGUAAUCCUACAGGAUUCAGCACACAGGAACAGCCCUGUGGCACUAGCAGCUGAGUGCUGACAACUGGAGGGCAUGGACACCUCGAGCGGUUUGUGUUCAUAGUGUUACCUUCCACAAACUGAAAUGACUGCGGAAAAAUUUGUUUGGAAUUGUAUCCGAAUGGUCUUCUGACCUCCUACCUAGCAGUUCCCUCCACAGGCUGGACAGGCUGCAAACAUGGCAUUGGCCACAAUUUCAAAAGCGACUGGUUUGACAACAAAACCAUCAUGAGGAGCUGCCUCCUCAUACACAGGCAUUCCCUCUUCACUCAACCGGCUGCGUGGUGGUGCAGUAACCAAUCAGGUUAAAAAUUACUAUCGCAUUUUCUUCCCCAAGUUCCUUUUAACAGAGAUGAGUUCUCUGAGCUGCUUUACUGGGUGGUUGCACAGAGAGGUGAACUAGCACAUCGAAGUGGACAGUAAGCCAUAGGAAAAAGACAGUUGUCUACCCCAGAAGCAGAGCAGUAAGUACUCUUUGACAGCACUGCCACCGCAGCAGUUUGUGAGCCUGCCUUCUUGCUUCAUGCAGCAUCUCAGUUACAAUAGCCUGUAGUGUCUGUGGCCCUCAGGUGGAAGGGGGCCAGCUGGGCAAGUGGCAUCCACCAUUCAAAAUCUACAUUUAAAACUAGUUUAGUUUGUUGAUGAGAUGAUUUCUGUAUGUACUUUUGUCUUAAUACUGUUAUGUUGGGGGGAAAUAGAGACUGUGUUAUUUAAAAACGUGUGAUGUUAUCAUAGUAAUAUAUAUUUAUAUAUGUAUAGGAAAUGCAUUAUUUAAUACAGCAUAUUAUGCUUGUAUCUUGCUAACAUAGGAAGAAAAGAUGUUAGUUUACACUGUGGGAAAAUAAAUUUUCUAUACACUGUAACCAUAGAAAAAAAAUCAAAGAUAAUUCAUUGGUAUAUAUGAUAGAAAAACACUGAGAAGAAGGUAACCCAGACUCAGUUUUGUGGCAGAAUAGAUGCUGAUGAAACAAUUGCUUUAAAACACACUUUCCUUCUUUGAAUCUCAUUUCCAGCUUGUAAUUGUAUUAGGCUGUUCAUCGGAUUCUGCACAUUCACAUGCAUACACUCUCAGGACCAUUUGAACAUCAAACAUAUCAUCUGCUUUUUCAAUCAAGCAAUAGCGUUGUCUUUUUUAGGGCCUGUUUCUGCCAGAUUUUCUACAGCCAGUGCAAUGUUGAGGAGGUUUAUCAGGUUGCUCAUGCAGACAACCCAGUGAUACUGCAGAAUUAUAGUCACUGUAUUCUAAGCUCCCUUGGCAGUAGUAUAAAUGGGAUGUUUUUACUGAUAGAUCUGGAAACAGUACUGAAUCUGCAGCCUGUAUGACUACAGGCCAGACACAUCAGCAGACACUCACUUGGCUGCCACAGCAUGAGCGUGGCUAGCUAUUCCAGUUUCAUCUUCUGCUUAAUAAGCCUUCUCAGGCAGUGGGAAGGACUGCUGGCAGAAUUUUCUAGUGCACCACUUUGCCUAAAGGAAGGGUGAACUACAAAAACAACUCCUGACAAAAACUUGUCCAACUAGUUCUUAAUACCAAUGAUAUUUCACAAUCUUGCAAUGAAAUAUAGUCCAGUGAUAGUUUCAACUGAAUAUUGUUCUAGAUGUUUAUGAAUAACCUUACCAAUCUGCUACCGUGAGAUCGUGAGAGUGAAAAAUAUAACUGCCUUCUGACCAUACCAUUUUAUUUGUAACACCCCCCCCAACACACACACAUUUCACACAACUGGUACUUUUAUCAACUUCACUGAGCACCUGUGCUUUGGGAUAAAAUUUGGCAUUCUGAAUUUCAGUUUCAAGACAAUUUACUGUAAAUCCAAAGGCUGUCACAUGAACCAAAUGAGUGACAAGAAAACAGAAUGAAUCCAACUUGCAGCAACUUACCACUGAACUCUGUGUGUAUUUACACAUGCUCGUCCUGUGUCCAGCAAACGGCUGUAAGCAGUCAUUAUGUAAUAAUAAUAAAAAAAAAAAAAAAGGCAGUGAAUUUCUGCAGGAGGGUUCAGUUGGUGCUGCUGAAGCACAGCCAGCAGUGAAUAAAGGAGGCAGAAACUGCUGCAGUUCACCAGCACAUUACAGCAGCGUCGUCUGCUGUAGAGAUUUGAAGGGAGUAAUUGAGCUGAAAAUGGUUCCACACAGAAAAUAUGGUACCGCUCUAAGAAGCGAUUUCUGAGGUAACGUCAAAUUGAAGUUUUUGAUUUACAUGUUUUCAAACUAUUAGAACUAUAAUAAUUCUUCCAGUGUUUUCUCUACAGAUUGUAACAGCAUCUAAUGGUCUUUCCACUUACUUGCAAGAUAUAUUUUUCUUUCAUGAAUUCCUCAUUCUGACCAAAAUAAUGCUACACGUUCUUAAAGAAAUCUUUAGCUAUAUUUUAUGUAAACAUCUGAACACCAGCGUCAGAUACCAAAACUGUCUCCAGCUUCUCUUAUCAGGACUCAAGCUCUCAUUGUCUUGUAGAAACACCACUGUUACAGGGGAGGUUACUCUGGUCGCCUUUCCUGCCAUUCAGGUUAUGAGACUCCUCUCGCACUGCUGCUUAUUCUAGAGACUGUUGCCUUUUCUGUUGUUUCCUAAGCAACAGUUUCAUUCCCCAUGUGGGAGAUGCAUUCUUUAUUUUGAAAGAGACACUUCUGUGAAGUGUUCCAAGUCACAGGAGCACGGCGCUUCUGCUGUAAGGUAAAAUACCUGGUUUCAGGUUUGCUGUUUUCUCCCUGGCCAAAGACUUGGGACAGGCUCCACACAGUAUGAACACAACCAUCAUCCUUUUAAGGACAACUUUUCUCCUCACAGAACCCAAGUAACAGCCAGUGUUACCCAACAGCUGUCAUAGCAUUUGACAGAUGCACCCAAUACUGCUACGGCAAAAAUGAGAUACUGUUACAGAAACACCAAGUGUUACCAUAAUGUACAAUCUCAUUAAGAACAGUUUGCUCCUGCUGCUUCUUGUUUUACCAUAUGGAGACGGUACACGAAUUAGUUCCUUAAAUAUUGAACUCAACAAAGAAACCCCCCUGCCAAAUAUGAAAAUACUAAUUUUUUGAUAGAGGCAUGUUUACAUUUAGUCAUUAAAAAAAAAAAGCCACAACAAGUAAGAGACAGGAUACCACAAACACACACAAAACUAAGCAACGCAUUCAAGUUCAGCCAACAGCCCACAGCUGUCUUUCUCAAAGAGACCAAGUAUGGGCUUACUGAUGAUUGUGUGGGACAGCAAGGGUAGAGGUACAUCCUGUUGUUAAAAGCACUAUCACCUCAAGAUUUUCUUCAGAACAAAAAAUGACAAAACUAAACACUAGUCAGCAGUGGCAAACUGGGAAGGGUGCAAGGAAGGAAGAGGAAGAAGGCUCAGAUGUGACCUGUCACCACAAGCCUAUCAGCCAAACACAUAUGGCAAGUUUUACGUAUUUUUAAGAGCAAUUGCUUAAUGAACUAAUUUUCAAAUAAAAUGCGUAUCUGUAAUCAUUGGCAAUUACCAAGAUUCUGUUCAUCAAGCAAAAAAAGGGCAUGUAUUUUGAUUGGGAAGCACUUGCUGGUGCUGCUUGACUCCUUCCCGCCUGUUGCUCUUCCAUUAUUGUGCCUGUCUUCUCAUACAGACCCGGCUUUCCCAUUCCCAUAUUAUCCGAGAUGAGAAUAACUGAUGCUCAUGCUAGAAAGCAUCCCGUGCAACAUGAUACUCUUCAGUUCAACAGGCUGUCAUACCAAACAUGGAGUUGUCACAUAUGAAAGAGAGGAUUGGAGAGAUGUAAGGCUUAUUUCUUGGCUGAAUUCUGAGCUGACUGAAUUGCAGUGCACUUGAACAUGGAUGAAAGAAGGGGAAAGUCAAGGGAAUUACCAGGUAAAAAUCUUAAAGGGAGAAACUGGAAGAGGAAACCGGAAAGAUUUUCUGUGUAUCACUGCAUGGGAAAUAACUGUAUGGAGGAAAACUGUUUAUACAAUAACAUAUAAGCACACAUUACAUACAUACAUACGAACACACACAUGCAGGUCGGUAGCCACGCCCCUCCAAGCCCCUCUUUUUUGGUGUCUGCACAAACAUCUUGGAUCAAAUUAUGCCCUCUGUCGACAAAAAGAGGGUAGCACAGCACUGAUUUUCACUUCAGUGGGACCAGCGAUUCAUGAUCCAGCGUAAGGACUUGGAUUUAGUUUGAUUAUUCAAGCUAUGAUUUAGCCAGCUGUGCCCACCUGCACAAUGCUGGGUCAGGUCUCGAAACAGUAUUAUUGUUAGAUUAUUUUUACUUGAAACCAGAAUUAAGUUCCCCUGCUACAAGCAACAGGCAGGUUCCAAACACAAAUGAGGAUGCUUUCCAGCAGAUGUCACUCAUGUGCCUGGAGGCUUUAGGGGCUUGCCCCCAACCUGCACACUGUAGAGGGGCCCAAGUGCUGUCCUGUUAGUCAGGGACACAAGCUCUGCCACACUGCAUUUCCUUCCCUGUCUCUCUCCCCUGGCAAUGCUUCUUCACCCAUCUCUUCCCCAGCAUACUCUGGUGCACGAUUUUCCUUACCAUUCACUUGUCUUUCUAUGCCCUACAUUGUCUUUGCCUUCCUUCCUAUAAUCUAUGUUUUUCUGCAGUGAAUAUCUCUAACUUCCCCCCUCCUCAACAGCAACAUCAGCCCUCUGGGGUGAAGCAACAGGCAGCCCUCAUGUAACACAAACACUGAGACUUGUGAGACUAUCUGGGGACAGCAUUAGGAAAGCAGCUGAAACUGUCAAGGCCUAGACUGACACUGCACCAAUACCAGGCAACAAAAAAAGCUCACUUUUGGUUGAUACUCAACUGUGGCAUUUGCCAAAAGGUGGAUGGUGCUGAGACGAAACAUUACAGGUUGCGUCCAGAAAACAAGCCACUUCUGAAUCUUUUAUUGUGAUUAUCUGUUAGGAUCUGUGUGCAUGUAUAUACAGAUUUACCUACCUGUUACUUAAAAAUAAGAAAAAAUAAAUGUUGCUUAUAUUUGAGUUCAUAUCAGUAUAUGUAGGACUACACUUUGAGGAGCACAGCUAUCCAUGUCCUUGCCCUCAAAACAAGAAGGACAACUUCCACAUGUAUAUGCAAUAAAACUGUAUUUUUGUGUG